AUGAUCAUCAUAGUAAACUAUAAUCGAUACAAUAAUUUAUUGAUACUAUUUUUAAUAUUAUUUGUAAUUACAUCAUCUUUCCAUUGUACUACUGCUAUAUCACAACCAACAACAACAACCACUACUGCAACUUGUAAAUCACCAACAGGUGAUUCAGUACAAUGGUGGUUUAUAAAGAAACUACCCUAUUCAAACCAAUAUAUUUAUAUUGAUAACGAUUCAAAAACUAUUCAAUUUCAAAAUGAUUUAAGUGAUGAUCAAUCAAGUUUGGCAAGAACAUUAUCUCAACUUUCUCAACAACAACAACAACAACAAUUGAAUGGUGGUGGUGGUGGUGGUAGUGAUCAAAAUGAUAAUAGCGAUUAUUAUUAUUACUUUUAUAAUAAUGAAUUUCAAAACUUGAAUAGUAAUGAUAGAACCAACUUUCCACUACCAGCUGAUAAAUCAACUAUUCAACCAUCAACCGUUUAUAGUUCAUCAAAAGGAAUAGUAAUAUUAAACAAACCACCAUUACAGAAUAAUAAUACAAAUAAGACAUUUUCAGGAGCUUAUAUAGUUCAUUCUCUAUCAAGAUUUCCUCAAUUGACCACCACCACUACAAAUUCAUUUAAAACACCAAUUACACAUCCAAAUGGUACAUGGUUUCCAACCGACUAUUACCUCUCUCCACUUUCACCUUCACCGAGUUCAUCGUACGGUCAUUCACUUGUUUGUACAUCAUUUAAAGACUAUGAAGAUGUACGAUAUCAAAUUCAAUCAAUCUAUCCAUACAUUUACAUGACCAAUCUCAACCUACCAUUCAAAGACCCACUCCUAAAGUCUACAUUUAAUUCACUCUUUUAUCCCACCUAUCCACCAAAAUCAUUGUAUCUCAAACCCGAUGCUAUUAAGCUUCAAUCGCUCUCUAGCCGAGAUGAUAAUGGUGAUCGCGAUCCCAACUCAUCCAUUUCGAUUACUAGUUCGAUAAAAUGGGGUGGGGCAUCAAUUUGGCAUUCAUCAAAUACUAUAAACUAUAUCUCUAUACCUAGUAAAUAUAAAAAUCCAUUACCAACAAACAAUGGUAAAAAUUCAACGAUGGUAUCAUCUCCGAUUACACAUGUUAUAAAUUCACAAAAAUUGCCAGGUGAUUUGGUGACUAGAUAUAGAAUAGAUAGUGAUAAAUCACAAUGGGAUACAAGUGUUGAUAAAGGUAUAUUUGGUGUUUCUACAAUACAAUCUUUAUCUUGUAUUGGUGAUUAUGAUCAAAAUAUUAAUUCGGCCAAUGGAGAAUUAAUGAUAUGUAUAAAUAAUUCUAUAUUAUCAUCACUAUUAAAAUCAAUGAUUGUUAAUUUAAAUCCAAUUCAAUGUCAUAAAGGAACUCCGUCGCCGACUUUAUCAAACUGUACAAAACCAAUAACAACAUUAAAUAGAUUAUUUAAUUUUAAUGGAAAGAUUGGAAUGAAUAUAAAUGAUUUAAAAUCUUUGGACAAUGAACUGAUAACCUAUUUUAAAGAGUUGCAAUACAAUAUAGGUCAACCAUUUUAUUUGAUGGAAUCUACAAGUCUAUUGGUUUAUAACCCAUCUAUUGGUUGUAAUCAACAAGAUGAUCAAGAUGGAUCGGAGUUUGAUAUAAUUGGUCAAUUGGUACAAGUUAGAGGAUGUAAAUUGAUGGAUUCAAUCUUGGAAACGAGUGUUUUUAGACUACAAGAUGCAGUGGUUUCAUUUAGAAAAGAGUAUUUACCAAAGAUUAAAGUCCUUUUAAAUGAUCCCAGCUACUUGGUUUCAAUUCAUUACCAUUCCCGUAUAAUCACAUUUCAAAGCAUACAGAAUGCAAAAGAUUCAACAAGAUUUGAUUUGAUUCUAGACAACAAAUCACCUUCUCAAAGAAUAAUAUUAAUCUAUAAAAUAUUAAUAUCAUUACAACAAAUAUCAGAAUCACUAGACAAGAGCAACUUGAAAAGAUCAACAAUAAUCAUUAAUAUUGACCAUGAUUAUAAUAGUGCAACCAUCAAUAAUGAUAAAGAGACAACAUUUCAAAUUCAAGGUAUCAAUCAAUUCUUUCAAUCCUAUUCUCUUUAUUUAUUAAAACGUCUAUGUCCAUCGAUAAUGACCAAAGAUGAUGAAUCAUCACUCAACAACAAUAAUAACAACAACAAUAACAAACCAUCAACAAAAGAACCACUAAGACAAGCACUUAUCAAUAUAGUUGCAAUCAAAUUGUUUAGAUUGAUAUUUCCAUUUAUGGAAUCAUCUAUGAUUGGUACUUUUAACAAUGGUUUGGAUGGUUAUGAAUCAGAUGGUGAUAUUAUCGAAGAAGACUAUGGAUUGUAUUCAUCAGAACGUAUUACAACCUUUUUAUUGGACCUUGUUCAAGACAAUCAAGAACAAUCAGACUAUUACAAAAUCGCCUACAACAAUAACAAAAAGAUUACUAGAGUCCCCUUUUCAACGUUUUUGAAUAUGUUGUCCUCAUUUCAGUCAACUUUGCAACCAGCCUCUUCCAAUAUUCAUCAAUUUAUUGAUAAUGUUGUCAUUCGAUACCUUUCAUUGCAACCAGAAUAUAGAGGAGUCGAUUUACAAUCGUCAAUGGCUCACAUUAAAUUUUCAAACAAUAUUUAUCAAUGUGAUUAUUGUACAGUACCUCCUUUUAUUAAAGAUUCAUUUUACGAUAGUUUUAAAUAUUGUCUCAAAAGUACAAAUCCCUCCAAAUCGACACUAGAAGAUCUUGGAAAGGCUCUGUCUGGUUGGGUUGGUAAUGACCAAUACAUUGUUACAUUGCUUAGUGACUUUUCAUCACCCAACAAUAAUCUACAAAGAGGAUUAAAACUAUUAAAACAUUUAAUUGGUUGGAGUCUUGGGGAACAUUGUGACUAUUUUGGAGUGUUUGGUGGUCAUCCUUGGACUCCUCGUGGUGUUGUCCUCCUCACUUCUAGUUUAUCAAGACUCAUUGGAUUUGCAAAUGAAACGAUCAACUAUCCCGGUGAAUUGGUAAAGACCUAUUAUAUACCAUGGAUGAAUGAAAGAGUUCAAGCUCCUCAAACUCAAUCUGGUAUUGGAAUUGUAGUGGUUGACAAUUUAAUUUGUAGUUUUGGACAAUACACACUUCGAGAAUUUAAAGAAAAUGGUGGACGUGUUUUAUUGCAAUCAUGUCCUCUUGCUCCCAUCAUUUCAACUAUUAAAUACCAAAAAUCACCCUACUCAUGGAAUUCAACCACCAUUACCAUUAGUGGGUUUUCUCUUUUGACCUAUUCAUUUCCAUCUACAACUCAUAUUCAACUAAAACUUACCAAAGAGAAUGAUAAAAGAUCUCUGUCAUCUUUGGUGGAUUGUCAAGUUGGAGUUGAUUUGGAUUUUGAUGAUACUCAAGAUACCAUCAUCUGUCAAGUGCCUGGUGGUUAUGGAAACUAUACAAUUGAUAUUGUAAAAGAUGGCUUUAAUUUUAAAUCAAUGUCACGUUUUAAUAAUCAAAACAACUAUGGCAACGGUGAUUCGAUUGAAUAUAGAUCAACAAAUUCUUUUAAAUUCUCUUAUUCUCGUCCAGAUAUUAUAUCAGUCACCUCAAUGUCCUAUCCACUUGACAACUAUGGUACUGAUAUAACAAUAAGAGGUAUUAAUCUUUUUAGAGAUGCCAACAAUCUUGGUAAUCUAAAACUAUCUCUUGAAAAUAAUAAUCAUUUUAAAAUUCAAAUUCCAAUUUUAAAAUUUGAAAGAAUUAAAAAUCAAGAUUAUCUUUAUUUUAAAUCAAAUGGUUCUGGUGAAAAUAAUUUAAUAAUUUUAAAAAUUGAUAAUAUUAUUAUAAUUAGAGAUUAUAUUGGUAAUUCAAAGAUUAAUUUUAAAAUACCAAUUAUAAAGAAUAUAACUAUUGGUAAUAUAUCAAGUAAUACAUUAUCAUGUAAUACAGGUGAUAUAUUAACUAUUAGAGGUGAAUCAUUUGGAUCAAGUUUAAAUACACCCAUUUCAGUCAUGAUUGGAAAUACAAUAUACUUGUCAAAUCAACAAUACAAUUCUUCACUGAUUCAAUGGAUUAAUAAUAAUCAAAUUAAUGUUAUUUUACCAUCUGGUAUUGGUCGAAAUCAAAAAUUAAGAUUAGAAAUUAAUGGUCAACUUGCCAUAAUACAACAACAAACCAAAAAUAAUAAUAAUCAAAAUAACUCAAGUUUAUUUAUUAAUUUUAAUUCACCAAGAAUAGAAUAUUUGGUACAAAAACCAAAUAGUAUUAGUACAUUGCUUGGAGGAAUUGGAUGGAUCAUUGGUAAAAAUUUCGGUUCAAUCAUGGAUACAAUACCAUUGGUAACCAUUUAUGAUGGAACCGUAGAAUUGGAUUGUGAUUAUUACAACAAUAACAAUUUUAAUCCAUUAUCAUUAUUACCAAAUGAUUUAAAAUUGACAUACAACUAUGAAAUAUUGGAAUGCCAAAUACCACCUGGUAUAGGAGAUGAUAUAAGACCUCUUUUGGUUGUUGGUGGAUUGGAAUCAAAUUUACCUAGUCAAACCAUUCGAUACAACCAACCAACUCUAGAAUCAAUAUCAAGUUAUAGUGGAGAUACAGGUGGCACUGAAAUUACAGUCAAUGGCAGAGACUUUGUACCAAAUGAAUUAUUAUCAAAUGAUUUGGUCGUGGAUAAUAAUAAUUUAAUAUCUGGAGAUAUAAAUUAUAGUAACAUUAAAAUAAUAUCAAAUAAUCAAGAUGAAAUUUCAUGUCGUUCUGUCAAUUGGUUGACUUCACAAAAGGCAUCAUGUAUUAUUCCACCUGGUAUUGGAAAGAAUUUCCAAUUCCAAGUGAUUGUUGGUUAUCAAAAAUCAAAACCCAAUAGAUCACUGUUAUUUUCAUUUAAUCAACCAAUCAUCAACUCUAUAAGUAGUAGUAAUACGUGUGGAAGUGAAAUUACCAUCAAUGGAAUGAAUUUUAUUCCGAUGGGAUACCAACAACAAUCAUCGUAUAUCUCUAGUGAUAGCAAUUUUGUAAAGAUUGGUAAUAAGCUAUGUGAUGACAUUGUUUGGAUCGAUGAUACAACUAUUAUAUGUCAAUCACCACCUGGUCUUGGAAAUAAUAUAAAUGUCGAUAUUUUAAUUGGUGAUCAACCUCUGGCCAUCCCCUUCAACUCCUUUUCAUAUUCUCCACCAAUCAUAUUUGGAAAUCAAUCCUAUAAUUGUCCAACCAUUGGUAAUAAUCGUAUAACUAUUAUUGGUGAAAAUUUUAUCCCCUCCAUCCUCCUCAAAAAUAAUAGUAAUAAUAAUAAUAAUAACAAAUCAACAAUUAAAAUUGAUAAUAGAGAAUGUUUGGAAAUUAAAUGGAUAGAUUUUAAUAGAGUUUCAUGCUUGGUACCAAAUGGAGAAGGUUAUGAUAAAUCUAUUAUUGUAACUGUUGGAGGACAGUCUUCAAGUGGAAAUAACAAAUUAUUUUCUUAUCUUGCUCCCAUUAUCUAUUCAAUCACUCCAAACAAAAUUAAAAAUCAACAACAACAACAAAAACAACAACAACAAAAUAAUCAACAACAGAUUAUUACAAUUGUUGGUGAUAAUUUUGGAAUACAACCACAAGUUUUUAUACAAGGAGAAGAUGGUACUUUAUUAAAUUGUACUGUAUCAUCAAAAAGAGAUGAUAGAAUUAUUUGUUCUAUUCCAAAAGGGAUUGUAAAGAAUUCAUUACAACCUAUAGAGACACUGGUAUACCAGGUUACAGUUGGUGCAAUGGACGGAAGAAAAAGUCAACCACUAGAAUUUACAUAUAUUGGAGCACCAAAGAUUUAUUCCGUUCAGCCAAGUAGAGGAUCAAUAGUAGGUGGCUAUCCAAUUACGAUUAAUGGUAAUUCGUUUAUUGAAGGAACACAAUUAUCUGUAUCAUUUAAUGAUAGAACCAUUGGUGAUGAUCAAAUGGUAGAGCAAUCAAACUCUAGGAUCAUAUUUAAAGCAUCGUCUGGUGGUGGUUCCAAUAUUCAAGUUUAUGUAGUCGUUAAAAUGGGUGAAGAAGAAUAUCUAAACAGUAAUGAAAAUAGAGAAUUUAGCUUCAAUGCGCCAAUAAUAAGAUCCAUAUCACCAAACAAGGGAAAUAGCAGAUCAAAGAUUAAAGUAGAAAUUAAAGGAUCAGAUUUGGGAACACUAGACUCUUCUAAUGUUACCAUUGGUGGAAUACCUUGUACUGAUCCAAUUUAUUCAAAAGAUUCUACAUCUCUCAAAUGUUUGGUUCAACCAUCAAACAAAUUGGGUAAAAAACAAGUCAAAGUGGAAUUUAAAGGUCAAAUUUCAAAUUUAAAUAUUCAAUUUACACAUCAAGAUUAUAAUGAUAACAUUUAUGAUAGUAGUAGUAGUAGUAGUAGUAGUAGUAGUAGUGAUAAUGGUGAAGAAUAUACAUCAACACCAAAACCAACCAAUACUCCAACUCCAACACCUAAACCAACAACAACAAAAAAAGAAGAAGCAAGAAUUGAUGGUAAUAUAUUCCAUGAUGCCAAUUUUAAUAACCUAUUUGACAAGGGAGAUGAUCCGAUGGUUAAUGUUAAUAUUUCAUUGAUUGAUGAUCAAGGAAUACCUAGAUAUACAACACAAUCUACUCGAUCUGGAUAUUAUUCAUUUACAUUGGCAGUUGAUAGUAGAUAUAAUUUUAGACUUUUGGUAGAUCAACCACUCUUGAAACCACCAUCAGAUACAUUUAAUUCAGAAUUUCAAGAAAUUGGUUAUAUAAUUCCAAUUAAUUAUAUUCCUGUCUAUAUUUAUUCAAACACUACUUAUAUUAAUAUUAAUAUUGCUAUAUUUUCAAAAUCAUCAUUGGAUUGUGUUGGUAGUUUAAUAUCAGAUAGAAAUCAAACCUUAAAUUUACAAUAUGGAGUAUUUGAUUUAACCUAUUUUGAUUGGAAAUCUUCAAUGGUUAAAUAUUUUGUUUUCCCUCAAAUUUGUAAUGUUCUUUUAAUUGAUGAUACUAUCAUUAGAAUUAGAUAUAAAACAACAUUAAAUAUAACAUUAUUUUAUGAUAAUAAUAUGAAUGGACAAAUUGAUAAUGAUGAAAAGAUUGAUUAUUCAAAUGAUAAAUUUAUAUUGACAGUACAGUCACAAAUGAAUGGUAAAAAUGUAGUACUAUCCUAUAACACUACAAUAUUUUCAACCAAUCAUAUCAUCUAUGUACCAGGUGAUUCUGUACUUUCAUUGGUUAGAAUUUAUAAUAAUCUAUUUAAUCAAUCUUCGUCGUCAUCGUCGUCGUCGUCGUCGUCACAACAUCUGUCGCCAUUAUCAUCACCAAGUAAUAUUACAAUACCAACAGUAAACAACAAGGUGAUACCAAUUGCAAGUCCAACCCUUCAAACCACAACAUUUGUUCAAUUUGGAGUAUUUAGAGUACCAAAUAAUCGAUCAACCAUAUCAUUUAAAGUUGUCUAUGGUAAUGUCAAUGGUGGUAAUGUCAAUGGAGGUGGUGGUGGUGGUAGUGAACAAAUAUUAAAUCUUUCCUAUGGUAAAUAUGAAAGUUCAUUUUUCAACUCUGCAGGUUGGUUCCAAUCUCUAAACAAAAAUGCAACCAUUAGUUUUAAACUAAGUAAUCCCAAUCAAGCAGUUGCUAUUUCUACCACACCAAACCCAAAUAUCUUUUCUUUUAAUCCAUCUUUAAAACAUUCAGUCAUGUCUUUUAAAUUAAAUCCUUCUUCUUUAAUUUUUAUUGAAAUAUUUGAUCAAAAAUUAUUUGAAAAUAUUCAAGUACCAUAUAAUGGUGGUAUUAUUAAUAUUAAAAGACAUUAUCAAAAUAUACCAAUAUUCUAUUUAAACCUAAUAGAAAUGAAUUGUUAUAUAAACAAUGACACUGAUACAAUGAUACAUUGUGAUGUACCACCGUACAAUGGUGGAUCAGUUACAAAAUCUAUUACAUUAAAAUGGAAUAAUAUCAUUCUUUAUGCAAAUUAUUAUCUAACCUAUGGUAAUAAUAAUAAUGAAAAUGGUGAUUAUAAUAGUAAUAGCAAUAAUAAUAAUAAUCAGUUUGAUGAAUAA